GUUACAAUGGCACUCCAAGAGGAUUAGAGAAUUGUAACGAAAGUGGAUGUAGUCGCUGUAAUAAUGCGGCUCCGUGUGGAACAAACCUGGAAACUUGCCUUUGCCUGCAUGCAGAAGAAAAUGCGUUACUGGAAGCAGGAAGGGAAAGAAUCGGCGAAGGUGUCCUUGUCUUGGUAAAUAGAUUUACUUCAAAUACUUCCGAUAUAGUGACUACUAAUCUUUCGAUUGAUCUGAUCCAUAAUCUCGCUGGAACUUUUUUUAAUAUUAGGAUGCACCAUCAAAUUGAUCCAAGUGGGCGUUAA